CAGCGCCAGGAAGACGAGUUCAACACAAUAUACCUGCGUAAAAUCACAACGGAGCUAGCAGACGACCUAGACAAAGUGCGCGAGGCGCAGGACUUCAAGGCGAGCAGUGUGCCGAUGUUGAUUCACGCGCUCAAGCAGGGUGGGAGUUUGUUUUCCAAGGUGGAGAAGAGCCGGGUU